GAAGCCCAGCUGCAUCGCUUAUUGGGAACCAUCAUGAGACGAGCGAGAGAACAAGAAAAUAUAAUACUCGCCUGCGUUUGGUAUCGCCACGCCCGUACCGACCUGCGUCAGGAAAGAAAGCCUUGGCAAAGGCUUAAGGUUGCGAAUCUUCUAGCAUAGCAUGUUCUGCACUGCCCUGCCAGGUGGUAGAUCAUCUCAUCAAUGCUGUCGAUGACCAUAGCCAUCACCCUCACAGCGCGCAAAUGCGGAUGCAAAAAAUUAACGCGCCACAGCCCACCAGCACACACUUAUGACAUGUUCGUUGCCGGCUGUUCCCAUAACUUUCACAAAUCACACGAACCAGUUUCAACAGUAUUUACACAGACAUCCACUUCGCGCAUCAACCGUGUCCAUCGAAGACUUUCUAGCACUGCUUACGUUACAUUUCCCAUAUCACCUCGCCGACCAAACACACACCAAAAUCAUGUCGAAUGGGGCGGUAACCGCUAUUGUCACUCUUGUCGCAACAUGUCCCCUUUCGAUCGCGCUCUUGUUCCACUUGAUCAAACGAGCCUGUCUCCAUAACCAGCCCAAAAAGACUGAUGUCGAGCUCGCCAAUCGCCCAACUCCGCCAACUAUCAACAUACUCGUCAAUGAUCAGCUCGACCUCCUUGUACCUUGGCCGGGUCUUGCCUAUGUACCUGGGCGUCAAUCGCCUACCUCUGUUGGGUCAUCUGGAAGGAAGCACAAGGAGCAACGCCAGAGACUGUGACCCACGGUAGUGGGCUACCCUUAAUCGCAAGGCGACACAACGCACCGAAACAAGCAUUCGCGACCAAUGGUAGAUUGAUAAAGUAUCUUCAACCAAGGCCGUCGGCUCCCGCCCUUCAAGCCCCUCAGUGCGGGCCACAUACUCAAUACACUAAAAAGCUGGACCCGGAUAGAACAAAUAAAAUGACGCCACCAUGGGAAUCAGGGAUAUACAUGCAGAGAAACAAGAGAGGUGGCUUUUUACAAACAGUCAUGGUUGGCACGCCCAAUAGCUUUCAUAGGUUUCCGGCGCAGGGAAAAGACAGAUGGUUCUAUACGCACAGCCUUUUUUGGCACCCAGUAGCUUUCAUAUAUUUGAACACGUAUCCCACACCCCAACCUCAUGAAAACAUGAUUUCGUGCCG